AUGGCUACCACUAUUCGAACCAUGAAGGAUGAAAAAAGGAUAAAUCGUUUCGUUGUUCAGACUGGAACAGAAGCGUUUCUGGUCUGGUACAUGGUGUAUUCGGCGUUGUCACUGCUAUUUGGAAUGCGCUCCAUGAUCAUCUGGCUAAUCCUUCCGAUUUGUAUCGUCAUCCCAGCAAUCUAUGCAGUUAUCACUAAACGGCAUAAAUACCUCUAUCCAUUUCUCAUCAUCACGGUAAUUCAACAAAUAGUGUUCAUGCUGAUGGCUGCUAUCACUCUUAUAUUUUCUCUUGUCUCAUUCAAUACAAUGCACCUAAUCAUCGGUCAUUCGCUGGAGUUCGACAGUCCACCAUCAAAGAAUGUCGCGUUGGCAGUGAUCAUCGCCACCGUGGCCGCCUUCAUAGUGCUUUCGUUUGUGAAUAUCUGGCAAGCUGUUGUCAUAUACAGUUUUUGUCCGAUUUCGUUGAAGUGCUGCGAAGUCGAAAUUCGUAAGAAAAAAAUAGAGAAUUCAAAGCGAAGAAGGAAUUAUACUGACACUGAUAGAUACUCUGGAGAAAUGAUGGUUGCAGCAAAGUACAUUUAA